GACGUCACCGCGCCUGUCCCCGCCCCGCGCCUUCCCGCCAUGAUCCGCGCGGGGGCGGCCGCGCUGAGGGCCUGGAGCCGGGGCCGGGGCUGGGCCGCGUUCUCGACGGCGACCCCGGCCCCGCCCGCGGCCCCCGAGCCCCGCAGGGUGUCCCCAGAGGAGCCCCCGGCGCCGUCCCCGGUGCUGCGGAGCUGCCGUGCCCCCGUGGUGUCCCCGCUGUCCCCCGUGCAGGCCUGGGUGGAGUCCCUGCGUCACCCCGAGGACACGCUGCGGGGGCUGGCUGACCUGCACCCCGACGUCUUCGCCGUCAGCCCCAGGCUGGACAUCCUGCACACAGUGGCCACGUGGCAGAGGAACUACAAGAGGAUCAGCCACGCGCGCGUGCGCAGCCGGGCCGAGGUGCGGGGCGGGGGCCGCAAGCCCUGGCGGCAGAAGGGCUCCGGGCGCGCCCGGCACGGCUCCGUCAGGUCCCCCGCUCUGGAGGGGGCGGUGAGUGAGCCCAGAGCCAGGGGACAGGGCUGGGGACAGCCUGGGGACAGCCUGGGGACGGGGCACGGGGCUGGG